UACUACUUUCGUUUUUGAAGACGCCAGAAAUUCGUUGACUAUCCAAACUGCAACUAUUUAAAUCAUAAAACCACAUGUGAAAGUAAUGAGUUGUGUACUUAAGAUAUUCGAGUAACUAUCGGAAAGGACUUUCGUUCCACAGUCACCAAAAACAAAAUUGAUUUGGCAGCCUGUCCACACCGAACAGAAUCUGUCGAAAAAACGGGAAUUGGUCGAAACAGAAAACAGUUUUCUCCAUAUUAGGCACUCAGAAAAAUGGAUGCAGUUCCCGGACGAAUGGCACAAAUUGCAUCUGGAUCGGCUCCUGACGUCACCUACUGCCAGCCAUGCGCGGAGGACGGCAAGAAAAUCCUCCCCGAGGCCUUCUGUCCCGUCUGUAAGGAGUUCCUGUGUUCUAACUGUGCCCGAGUUCACCGAAACCAGAAAAUAACCAAAAGCCACGCCCUCCAGGACAAGGACAGUAUGCCUUCCUCAUUCCAUGAAGAAAGUGAAGAUGAAAAGUUUACAGAAACAUGUCAGCUUCAUGCUAAAGAGUUUAUUAAAUAUUACUGUUCGUGCCAUGAUGCACUUUUGUGUGGAGACUGUUUGAUUGAGAAUAAAGAGCAUCGCUCAUGUAAGGUAGAGAAAAUUUCGCAAGUGGCAAAACAAUACAAGCAGGGAGCAGAAUACAACAACCUUAAAACAGGACUUGUCCAGAUGUCCAGUGACAUCGGCAAACUUUCACACAACAUACAGGCGAUUAUGAAAUCAGUAGAAGAAGAAAGCCUUACAAAUAUAAAUGAGCUUCGCAAAUUCAGGACUGAAAUUAACCAGUACCUGGAUAAGAGGGAAAACGAACUCUUGGCAGAAAUUGAUCAGAAGAAACGGACAUCCAAGACACUGCUUGAUGAACUGAAAUCAAAAUGCACAAACAUGAAAUCAUCCAUUGAGAAACUAAAGUCGGAGCUACAAGCACAGGACGACAUCAGCAACCAGCUAUUAAUAGUAGGAAAACGAGCUAUAAAAGAGCUGACAGGUCUCCAGACAGCUCUGCAACAGGUGAGGAGGAGAAGUGAAGUUCCCAGAUACAAGUUUCACAGGGACCCCGCAACUGAGCAGUUAAUAGCUUCUGAAAAAGCAAUAGGAGGGUUGGAAGAUGGCGAAUCAACUUCGGCGUUAGUGGACCAACAACGACAACAGCAGACGACGCAGGAACAAUGGCAACAGGAGACGAUGCAACAACAUAAAAAACACAUGAAAGCUGUAUCACAAAAAGGCGAAUCAACUUCGGCGUUAGGGCAUCAAGAACGACAACAACAGAAUGAGCAGCAGCCACGGCAACCCGUGACGAUGCAGCAAAAACAAAAACACAUGCAAGGUGUAUCACAAAAAGCCCACUUCAAAGGCAGUGCAGACCUAAGCCGGGCCAAGUUCAGCAGACAGCCUGACAUUUCAAUGAAGACAUCAGGUGAUGGCAGUGACUGCUUCCUGACCAGUGUGGCCUUUCUUUCCGUGGACAAACUCCUACUGGUAGAUCGCUAUAAUUACUCAUUGAAGCUGGUGGAAACCAAUAACAACAAGGUGGUGUCGCAAGUGAAACUGUCAAGUGAGCCGUGGGGCAUGUGUCCUGCCCGGGGACAGGGCAGCCGUCACUCUGCCCAUGGAGAGGAAGAUACAGUUCGUAUCUGCUCAGGGAAAUAUCACACUACAGGAUAUUGUUAAAG